UGUCAGAGGAGAGGAUGAGAUUUAUUUUGCAACAUGAAGAUUUUAUAUUUGGGUUCAAAUUCAUGCGUUGUAACUAUUCGUGGAGAAUAAUACGCGAGAGGAUGGAUAUAGGAUUGUUUCUGUACACAACCUCGACUGGAAUUAAUAUGUUAUAGCGGACCAAGGAUGACACAGAGAAAUGGAUUCCGUGGCUGGAGAUGGCUGGUGCUUUGGUGGCAUAAUUUCUUCAUUCUGUGGAGUACAAUAGACUGUCAGACUCGUUACAGCAUCCAGGAGGAACUAAAGCAGGGAUCCGUGGUUGGAAAUCUUGCAAAAGAUUUGGGUCUGUCUUUAAGUGAGAUUUUUGACCGUAAAUUAAGCGUCGCCUCUGAGGCUGGUAAGCAAUAUUUCACCGUAGAUGCGGGGAAGGGCGAGCUGGUUAUGAAUGACAGAACAGACAGAGAGGCUUUAUGUGGACAAAGCGCCAGCUGCGUGUUACCUCUGCAGGUCGUCAUUGAAGACCCACUGCAGCUUUUUCGUGUGGAAGUUGAAAUUCAAGAUAUUAAUGAUAAUUCCCCCAGAUUCCCAUCAAGUGAUAUGAUAUUGGACAUUUCGGAAUCCACAGUUAUUGGAGCUCAUUUUCCACUAGAAGUUGCCGUAGAUCAAGAUGUCGGUGUUAAUUCACUUAAGUCGUAUACUCUGAGUAAAGACGAGUGUUUUAGUAUAAGACAUAAGGAGGUUGCUGGAGGAAGAAAAGUCCCCGAAUUAAUAUUGUCAAAACCGUUAGACAGAGAGAAAAAAGCUGUUCACAAGCUUCUUUUGACAGCUAUAGAUGGAGGUAACCCAGUGAGAUCCGGGACUGCACAGAUAACAAUCAGAGUUCUUGAUAUAAACGAUAAUAUUCCUGCUUUUGAAAAAUCCUUGUACAAAGUAUCCGUUGCGGAAAAUGCUGCGGAAGGUGCAUUAAUAGUACAAACAAAAGCAUCAGACUCGGAUGAGGAUCAAAACGGAGAGAUAGAAUAUUCAUUUGGAGCGCACACAUCAGAAAUUGUGCUCUCUAUUUUCUCUAUUGAUCCCACAUCGGGAACAAUAUUUCUUAAAGGAAAACUAGAUUUCGAAAAAGACUCCAAUUAUGAAUUGGACGUGAGUGCGAAAGAUAAAGGGAUUCCAAGAAUGGAGGGACAUUGUAUAGUGCAUGUUGACAUUUUAGAUGUUAAUGACAAUGCCCCAGAAAUAAUUCUUACUUCUCGACCAAAGCCUGUGAGCGAAGACUCACCGAAUGGCACCGUAGUCGCUUUGAUCAGCGCCCGGGACCUUGACUCCGGUGAUAACGGAAAAGUAAAACUGCAACUCCCUAAGAAAAGUAAUUUUGCGCUGAAACCCUCGUUUUCACAAAAUUACGCACUAGUUACAAAUGGUGUUUUGGAUCGAGAAAACGUUUCCGAAUAUAAUAUUGAGAUAACUGCAACUGAUUCAGGCUCCCCUCCGCUGUCCAGUAAGAAAACUAUUCACGUCAGUAUAACUGAUGUGAAUGACAACCCUCCUAUUUUUACUCAGUCCUCCUAUAAUGUAUAUUUAAAAGAGAACGGAGUGCCAGGAUCUAUACUUUACUCAGUGUCAGCAUCUGAUCUGGAUUCUGGUGAAAACGCAAAGAUCUCUUACUCCAUACUGGACUCUAAAGUGCAGGACGUCUCUGUCUCAUCUUAUGUUUACAUUAACUCAGAUAACGGAAGCAUCUACAGCAUGCACUCGUUUGACUAUGAGAAGCUGAAGGUGUUUCAGAUUCAGGUUCAGGCAAAGGACCAGGGCUCUCCCUCUCUCAGCAGCAACGCCACUGUCCAUGUUUUUAUCCGGGACCAGAACGAUAAUGCCCCCGCUGUUAUUUACCCCUCCUCCGCUGCCCUGGGCUCCCUCUCUCAUCAGAGGAUGCCCCGCUCCGUUAAAGCGGGUCACCUGGUUACUAAGGUGACGGCUGUGGACGCUGACUCGGGCCAUAACGCCUGGAUCUCUUACAGACUGGCGGAGGCCACAGACGCCUCUCUGUUCACCGUCAAUCAGUACACAGGGGAGGUGAGGACUAAACGCGCUGUGUCCGAGCAGGACGACUCCUCUCAGAGGCUGCUGGUAGAGAUCAAGGACGACGGGGAACCGGUUCAGUCCACCACCGUCACGGUGUCCAUCCUACUGGAGGACGGUCUCCAUGAGCCCAUCUUAGACCUCCGACACAAACUGUCCGAGCCCAGCAAGAAAACUGGCAGAAUCACCCUUUAUUUGAUUCUGUCUCUGGCCUCGGUGUCCGUGCUGUCUCUGGUGACUUUACUCAUCUUAGCGGUGAAAUGCAUCAGGAGCAGCAGAAACGGGAGCUGCUGCAUGAGACGGAGCGACUGUGAUGAUUACAAGAACCCCAACAGAAACCUGCAGAUUCAGCUCAACACUGAUGGACCUAUAAAGUACGUGGAGGUCCUGGGAGGAGACAUGAUGUCUCAGAGUCAGUCCUUCAGGUCCUGCAUGUCUCCAAUGUCAGAGUACAGUGAUUUCACUUUGAUCAAACCCAGCAGCACCACAGACUUUAGAGAAGUCAUCAGUGUUCUGGAUGCGUCUUUACCCGACAGCACCUGGACCUUUGAGAGCCAGCAGGUAAGCAGAAAGUCACAUUAAGGGUAAU